CAGAGGAUACAGCCUGUUAUUUUAUUACCACCACUAGCACUUUCACAAAACAUCUCUCUAUGUUUAUACUCGUUUCCUCCUCACUAGUAGGGUUUUAUUUCUCAAGAAUCCCAAAAAGAGAGUAAUAAAUAUUAACAAUAAUUGUAAUAAUAGUUGUAGUUAUAUAAUCAAAAUUACAUCUCUUAUCUGGGUUUGUACUUUGUAGUGAACAGAAGCAAAACCCUAAUUGAAAGGGCAUGGUGUUGUUACUGGUGGAUAUGGUCUGAAUCUCUUAAGUGGCAGGUGAAAGUGAGAUGGAAGGCGGGGAUGAGCGAGAUAUUGUGUUGGCUUGUAUUGUUUCGGGGACCCUUUUCGCUGUUUUAGCUUCGGCUUCUUUCGCGAUUCUUUGGGCUGUCAAUUGGAGGCCUUGGCGCAUUUAUAGCUGGAUAUUUGCUAGAAAAUGGCACAAGUUCUUACAAGGGCCGCAGCUGGGAAUAUUAUGUGGUUUCUUGUGUUUGUUGGCUUGGAUUCUUGUCAUAUCUCCAGUUCUGGUUCUCAUCGUAUGGGGUUGCUGGUUAAUUGUGAUAUUGGGUCGAGAUAUAAUUGGUUUGGCAGUUAUCAUGGCUGGGAUAGCUCUUCUUUUGGCGUUCUAUUCAAUAAUGCUGUGGUGGAGAACACAAUGGCAAAGCUCAAGGGCUGUUGCUGUUCUUCUUCUUUUAGCCGUUGCCCUUCUUUGUGCAUAUGAAAUAUGUGCUGUAUAUGUAACUGCAGGCAGUAGUGCAUCUGAGCGGUAUUCACCUUCAGGCUUCUUCUUUGGUGUGUCUGCGAUUGCUCUAGCUAUUAACAUGCUGUUCAUAUGCAGAAUGGUCUUUAAUGGGAAUGGUUUAGAUGUGGAUGAAUAUGUUCGAAGGUCAUAUAAAUUUGCUUAUUCUGAUUGUAUUGAAAUGGGUCCUGUUGCGAGCUUACCUGAACCACCAGAUCCCAAUGAGUUGUAUCCACGACAAUCAAGAAGGGCUUUACAUCUUGGUCUCUUAUAUUGCGGCUCAUUGUUGGUACUAGUUGUAUAUUCCAUCUUAUAUGGUUUGACAGCGAAAAAGUCUCAGUGGCUAGGGGCUAUUACGUCAGCAGCUGUUAUUAUUCUUGAUUGGAACAUGGGGGCAUGCUUGUAUGGAUUUCAGCUUCUUCAAAGUCGUGUCGCUGCCCUUUUUGUCGCUGGUGCAUCUCGUGUCUUCCUUAUUUGCUUUGGAGUUCAUUACUGGUAUUUGGGGCAUUGUGUUAGUUAUGCAGUUGUAGCAUCUGUACUACUAGGUGCUGCUGUUUCCCGUCAUUUGUCGGUUACAAACCCUAUAACUGCAAGGAGAGAUGCGCUGCAGAGUACGGUGAUACGCCUGAGGGAAGGUUUUCGCAGGAAAGAACAGAACAGUUCAUCUAUCUCCUCUGAAGCGUGUGGCUCAAGUGUGAAGCGUAGUAGUGGUGCUGUGACAGGACAGCUUGGUAAUCCUGCACAUGUCACAAGUGAUGCUACAACGUGGAAUAUCAUUGAGGCAGUUAAUAGUGAGAAGAGCUUAGAUAGCGGAAGUCCAAGUUUAGCCAUACGAAGCAGUUCUUGCCGCUCAGUAGUUCAAGAGCCAGAGGUUGGGACAUCAUAUGCUGAUAACUGUUCUUUGGUAGUAUGUUCCAGUAGUGGCCUUGAAAGUCAAGGUUGCGAGUCUAGUGAAUCAACUUCAGCUAAUCAACAAGCAUUAGACUUAAACUUAGCACUGAUGUUCCAAGAAAAGUUGAUGAGCGACCCAAGGAUUACAUCCAUAUUAAAAAAGAGAGCACGGCAAGGAGAUCAUGAUUUGACUGCUUUGCUGCAGGAUAAAGGCUUAGAUCCUAACUUUGCUAUGAUGUUGAAGGAGAAUGGUUUGGACCCAAAGAUCCUUGCACUGCUGCAGAGAAGUAGUUUGGAUGCAGAUAGAGAUCAUUGCGAUAACUCUAAUAUAGUAGUCACUGAAUCAAACAGCAGUGAUAACAUUCUGCCGAAUCAAAUUUCAUUGUCAGAAGAACUUAGACUUCAAGGACUAGGAAAGUGGCUUCAGUUUUGCAGAUUGGUACUGCAUCAUAUAGUCGGUACCCCAGAACGAGCAUGGGUUCUCUUCAGUUUUAUCUUUAUAAUUGAAACCGUGAUUGUAGCUGUAUUCCGACCUAAGAUAAUCAAAGUUAUAAAUUCCACCCAUCAGCAGUUUGAGUUUGGCUUUGCAGUGUUACUUUUAUCACCUGUCGUUUGUUCUAUUAUGGCUUUCCUAAGAUCUCUUCAAGCUGAAGACAUGGCCAUGACUUCAAAGCCGCGGAAGUAUGGUUUUAUUGCUUGGUUGCUUAGCACUUCGGUCGGUCUGCUCCUUUCAUUUUUGAGCAAGUCAUCAGUUCUUCUAGGUUUGUCUUUGACCAUCCCUCUUAUAGUGGCAUGCUUGUCUAUUGCCAUCCCUAUAUGGAUUCGUAAUGGGUACCAGUUUUGGGUAUCAAGACGUGGUUCAGAUCACACUGGAAGUCAUCGAACAUUGUGGUUUAAAGAGGGUGUUGUACUUUUUAUCUGCGUUUCAUUAUUUACUGGAUCUGUACUAGCAUUGGGUGCAAUCGUAUCUGCAAAGCCUUUGGAUGAAUUAGGCUACAAAGGAUGGAACGGUAGCCAGAAUGGUGGUUCAUCUCCUUAUGCAUCAUCUGUGUAUCUUGGCUGGGCAAUGGCCUCUUUGGUUGCUCUUAUAGUUACUGGCGUGCUGCCAAUCAUAUCUUGGUUUGCUACAUACCGUUUCUCCAUCUCUUCAGCUAUAUGCGUUGGAAUAUUUACAGUUGUUCUGGUGGCAUUUUGUGGUGCAUCCUAUCUGGAAGUCGUUAAUAAUAGAGAUGAACAGGUUCCGAGGAAGGCAGAUUUCCUUGCAGCAUUACUUCCUUUAAUGUGCAUCCCAGCAUUGCUUUCACUUUGUUCUGGUUUAGUCAAAUGGAAAGAUGACGAUUGGAAACUAUCUCGAGGGGUUUUUGUAUUUGUGGUCAUUGGUCUUCUUCUACUACUCGGUGGAAUAUCAGCUGUUACAGUAAUAAUUACGCCUUGGACAAUUGGGGCAGCGUUUCUUCUAGUUCUUCUUCUUAUUGUUCUGGCUAUUGGUGUCAUUCACUACUGGGCUUCAAAUAACUUCUACUUGACCAGGAAACAGAUGUUCUUUGUUUGUUUUCUUGCAUUUUUGCUGGCUUUGGCAGCGUUUUUUGUUGGUUGGUUUCAAGAUAAACCAUUUUUGGGAGCCUCAGUUGGUUACUUCUCAUUUUUAUUUCUCUUAGCUGGAAGAGCAUUGACGGUGCUUCUUUCACCUCCUAUUGUUGUUUAUUCUCCUCGUGUGCUCCCUGUAUAUGUUUAUGAUUCCCAUGCAGAUUGUGGACAAAAUGUCAGUGCUGCAUUCAUUAUGCUUUAUGGUAUUGCACUGGCAAUUGAAGGCUGGGGUGUUGUUGCAAGCUUGAAAAUAUAUCCACCAUUCGCUGGAUCUGCUGUAUCAGCAGUUACACUUGUUGUAGCUUUUGGCUUUGCUGUCUCCCGACCUUGUUUGACAUUAAAGAUGAUGGAAGACUCUGUUCACUUUCUAAGUAAGGAAACUGUGGUCCAGGCAAUCGCUCGAUCUGCCACAAAGACACGGAAUGCAUUAUCUGGAACAUAUUCCGCUCCUCAGAGAUCUGCAAGUUCUGCUGCCCUUUUGGUUGGAGACCCCACUGUUACACGUGAUAGGGCUGGAAAUUUUGUGCUCCCCAGAGCAGAUGUCAUGAAAUUAAGAGAUAGGUUAAGAAAUGAAGAGCUGGCAGCUGGAUCAAUUUUCCUCAAAAUAAGAAAUGGAACCAUGUUGCGGCAUGAUUCAACUAGCGAUGUAGGUUACAGAAGAGAAAUGUGUGCUCAUGCACGGAUUUUGGCCUUGGAGGAGGCUAUCGAUACUGAAUGGGUGUAUAUGUGGGAUAAAUUUGGUGGUUAUUUACUUCUUUUGCUGGGUUUGACCGCCAAGGCAGAGCGUGUGCAAGACGAGGUUCGCUUGAGACUCUUUCUCGACAGCAUAGGUUUUUCAGAUCUGAAUGCAAAGAAGAUAAAGAAGUGGAUGCCAGAAGACCGCAGACAGUUCGAAAUCAUACAGGAUAGCUAUUUAAGAGAGAAAGAGAUGGAAGAGGAAAUUUUUAUGCAGAGGCGUGAAGAGGAAGGUAGAGGAAAAGAACGAAGAAAGGCCCUUCUGGAGAAGGAAGAACGCAAAUGGAAAGAGAUAGAGGCUUCACUCAUGUCAUCUAUACCAAAUGCUGGCAAUAGAGAGGCAGCUGCCCUGGCAGCUGCAGUGCGUGCAGUAGGUGGUGAUUCUGUUCUUGAUGAUUCUUUUGCACGUGAAAGGGUUUCAAGCAUAGCACGCCACAUUCGCGCAUCUCAGUUAUCUCGGCGUGCACUCCAGACUGGAAUUUCUGGUGCUGUAUGUGUUCUUGAUGAUGAACCAACAACAAGUGGUAGACAUUUGGGUCAAAUUGAUCCCAGCAUAUGCCAAAGUCAAAAAGUCAGCUUUUCCAUAGCAGUGUUAAUUCAGCCUGAGUCUGGACCAGUCUAUCUUUUGGGUACCGAAUUCCAAAAAAGAGUAUGCUGGGAAAUAUUUGUGGCCGGUUCUGAACAAGGAAUUGAGGCUGGACAAGUCGGGCUUAGGAUGAUUACCAAAGGUGACAGACAAACCACAGUUGCAAAGGAGUGGAGUGUAGGUGCAGCAAGUAUUGCAGAUGGAAGGUGGCAUAUGGUUACAGUAACCAUUGACGCUGAUAUAGGUGAAGCAACUUGCUACUUAGAUGGUGGUUUUGAUGGCUACCAGACUGGCCUACCAUUACGAUAUGACAAUGGUAUUUGGGAGCAAGGAACAGAGAUUUGGGUUGGAGUUAAACCACCUAUUGAUGUGGAUGCAUUUGGGAGAUCAGAUAGUGACGGAGCAGAAUCUAAGAUGCAUGUAAUGGAUCUUUUCAUGUGGGGAAGGUGCUUAACGGAAGAUGAGAUAGCUACUCUUCCUUCUUCGAUAGGUUCUGUUGAUUACAAUAUGAUUGAUCUUCCCUCAGAUAACUGGAAAUGGGCGGAUUCUCCUUCCAGGGUUGAUGAAUGGGACAGUGAUCCGGCAGAUGUAGAUCUUUAUGAUAGGGAUGAUGUAGAUUGGGAUGGGCAAUAUUCAAGUGGUAGAAAAAGAAGGUCAGACCGUGAAAGUGUGAUAUUGGAUGUGGACUCUUUCACCAGAAGGUUGAGGAAGCCUAGGAUGGAAACAUGUGAUGAAAUUAAUCAGCGGAUGCUAUCAGUUGAAUUGGCUGUCAAGGAAGCUCUUUGUGCAAGAGGGGAACCACAUUUUACUGAUCAAGAGUUCCCUCCGAAUGAUCAAUCCUUGUUUGUUGAUCCAUACAACCCCCCUUCGAAAUUGCAGGUUGUUUCUGAGUGGAUGAGGCCAACUGAAAUAGUGAAGAAGAACCAUCAGGAUUCUCAUCCCUGCUUAUUUUCUGGUUCCACUAAUCCAUCAGAUGUUUGUCAGGGUCGAUUGGGUGAUUGUUGGUUUCUGAGUGCCGUCGCUGUUCUGACGGAGGUUUCUCAAAUAUCGGAAGUCAUAAUUACACCAGAAUACAAUGAGGAAGGAAUCUACACUGUUCGCUUUUGCAUUCAGGGAGAAUGGGUUCCUGUAGUUGUUGACGACUGGAUACCUUGUGAAUCACAUGGUAAACCUGCCUUCGCUACAAGUAGGAAGGGAAAUGAGCUAUGGGUAUCUUUAUUGGAAAAGGCUUAUGCAAAGCUUCAUGGUUCCUAUGAGGCGUUAGAAGGUGGGCUUGUUCAAGAUGCUCUUGUGGACCUCACUGGUGGUGCUGGUGAAGAGAUUGACAUGAGAAGUGCCCAGGCCCAGAUUGAUCUUGCUAGUGGAAGACUCUGGUCCCAGUUGUUACGCUUCAAACAAGAAGGAUUCCUAUUAGGUGCUGGAAGCCCAUCUGGUUCUGAUGUGCAUAUCUCCUCUAGUGGAAUAGUGCAAGGGCAUGCAUAUUCAUUGUUGCAGGUCAGGGAAGUAGAUGGGCACAAGCUUGUUCAGAUUCGAAAUCCAUGGGCAAAUGAGGUUGAGUGGAAUGGGCCUUGGUCUGAUUCAUCACCUGAAUGGACCGAUAGAAUGAAGCAUAAGCUCAAGCAUAUUCCUCAGUCAAGAGAUGGUAUCUUCUGGAUGUCUUGGCAAGAUUUCCAAAUACAUUUCCGGUCAAUAUAUGUUUGCCGUGUAUAUCCUCCUGAGAUGCGUCAUUCUGUCCAUGGCCAGUGGCAUGGUUACAGUGCUGGUGGCUGCCAAGAUUAUGAUACAUGGCAUCAGAACCCACAGUUUCGAAUGAGAGCCACUGGCCCAGAUGCAUCACUUCCAAUUCAUGUGUUCAUUACCUUGACGCAGGGCGUUGGCUUCUCGAGAACAACAGCUGGUUUCAGGAACUACCAGUCCAGUCAUGACUCUUUGAUGUUUUACAUUGGGAUGAGGAUUCUGAAGACUCGUGGUCGUCGAGCGAACUACAACAUUUAUUUGCAUGAGUCAGUUGGUGGAACAGACUAUGUCAAUUCACGAGAAAUAUCAUGUGAAAUGGUUCUGGAUCCUGAUCCAAAAGGUUAUACAAUAGUUCCAACAACCAUCCACCCAGGCGAAGAAGCACCUUUUGUUCUUUCUGUAUUCACAAAAGCAUCUAUUAUCCUUGAGGCUUUAUAGAGUCAAUGGUGGCCAAUCAGUUGGUUUCCAUAAAUUUUUGGGUUGGAAGCACAUCAGUGUAUGUUUGGACUGCUUGGCUUGCAUGAUGGAUUCUCUGCAAGUCGGCUGAAUGAGUCAAAGCGGUUCCUGGAAAAGUUGGUAAUGAUGUGAUUCUGGUCUCACAUGGAAAGUAAACUUAUUUGCUGGUUAUGACUAGUGAGUUCAAUUGAUGCUGUUAUUGAAUUCUUUCAUGAGGUUUGGCAUGCCAGAGUUGUUUCCUGCUUAUGCUGGAUUGUUGAUUCUUUCUUCCAUGGAAACCGUCAUGUGAAAUGGUUGUUUGGGAGAUCUUCUCGGCGUUUUGUUUCUGGCAGCUUCUAAGAGGCUUUUGGAGGUAUAUUGUACAUGCAUAGAUGUUGUAAGGAUAUAAGUUGUAGUCAUGUAAAUUAGAUGAGAAGGAAAAGUUAAUGAGAUAUAGGAAAAUAAGUAGGUAUAGCUUGGGAGGGGAUCAUAGAGGCCCUGUUGUUAGUGCAGCCUUUUAAUUUUGAACUGCAUUCUGAAAGUGCUACAUUUUCAACAUUACUUGUAGAAAUACUCCUUUCUGCAAUGUAAGCCCCUCAUUUUGUAUUUUGUAUUUA